UGACGAACUUGCUUUUUUCUCUACUCACGUACAUUCUGAACAGUUGUGCAAUGGGCAGUACUAUACUAUAUACUGCAUACAAAUGGUGUUUGUGAACAGUAAAACAUAUAUUGACCAUGGUAAAUCGUUCAACAUAUAAAGGUGCAGCACUGCAGUUGCCUAGUCACGCCACUGCUGGUGGAAAAGGGCCUCCACUACAGGGAGCUGCGGAUAGCUUAUCUAGAGGUAGAGUUAUUGAGCCUACUCUUCCCCGCUGGUCAGUACGUAUUGGAAGAGGUUGGGAGUACCCACACUUUACCCCACCACACGCAACCUAUCUGAUCGACUAACUGGUGUAGCCAAUAUACUCAUGGGUACAACGAGACGACCGGUGCUGGGUGAGGGUGUAGUGAGUUAAGGGUCUCAGUCCGAUCAUAAAUUACUUACAAAGAGAACCCAUGUAUUUAAAUAGAGACGCCUUGACCUGGCAAGUCCUGGUGCAGAUCACCCAUCUGAGCAUUAACCAGAGAUUCAGGUCUCCCUUGUAAAAUGUAUGUAUGUUAAACUUCUUUCGCACCCUACGUAGCCAACCGUGUUAAUUGGAGGUGCGGUGAAAGGACAACAAAAUAGACAUUUAUCAUUAAGGGAAUAAGAAAUAGUCUGCCAGUAGGGAGCGGUGUUGCCAUGUGACUUUUUGAUGAAAACCCUGGCUUAACUAUAUAAAUAAAUAAAGACCUUAAUUUCUGUGUCUCGACCUCUCGGGUACUUCUCGACAAGGUAGAAAGUAGAAAUGUGGUACAUAGGUAGCUUUUAGGACAUAAACCACAGGAAAAAAUCUGAAAAUCCGAGAUUUUUAAUUUUAAGGCCCACAAAUCUCUAUUUUAAGUGCCCCGUAACAUGUUUGUGCGUGUCAUUCAAAAACCGUUCAAAAUAUAAGAUUGCGUUAAACAGCAACUACAAUUAAAGCAAUAACCAUUGUUCUACGUUUUAUUGUUUUUGCGAUAUUUAUUGGCCCUAUGUCCGACGGAUAAGAGACACGGGGCCAAGGUCCAGGCAGUGAAGACACCAGAGUAAUACUGGCCCUGCUCAGAACCAGAUCCAGGCUGUGUGUGUGUCACAUUGGCACAUCACUCACUAAUACGUCAACCGCACAAUUCCGACAACCCUCUCUUGAAAUCCUUCACCCGUCAGAGUCUCACAGAUUGCACCUGCCUAAAUAAUCUUACCCAUCAGCUUUGUCACUCACGCUCACAAUCACCCACACCUGCCUGUGCGUCCAUCGCUCGCUAACCAUGACCUUCGCCGUGCCCUUCGCCUUGACCCUGAUCUUCACCCUGACCCUGGUCCGUGACCCCGCCGCGGGGUUCUACCCGAACCAGGCCUCCCUGGGCACGUAUCUGGCCAACCACACGGACGAGUCCGUGACGGAGACCGGGGCACUGAGGGCUGUGGCGAAGUUCCUCGAGGGCAAAGCGGGACUCGCGCCGGGUGCCUUGGAGGGUCUCUCGCCGCUCACGCCGGCCACGCUCAUCGCGGCGUACUACCAAGCUAACGUGUCGGCGGUGAGGUUCGUCAAGGCUCUGCAGGAGGUGGUGGACGGAAACAACUUAAUGGAACAGGGCUAUUCCGACAUCACCCCCUACUUCGCUUACUGCGAGAAACUACUAGACACAAGAGGGGAGUUGGGCAAGUUCCGCACAAUUGCCAUGACCUAUGCGAACUCGAGCAAUCCAGCCCUGGCGAGGAAGAGCCUGGGUCAAAUGCUGCACAUUCUCAACAAGUUCUACUCCAACACCAACUGGAUCGAGCAGGGCAACCUGAUCCCCCUGGAGGCCCUGGUGAACAAGAGCCUGACAUUUCCAACAAUUGCAUCCUCAACCUUGGCCACUUGCACAGACUGCACGAACACAAGAUGCGUCUGUGCUUGA